AUGGCUAGAAGAGUUGAGGACAAUCUCCAAUGUCCAACCUGUUUGGACAUCUUCAAAGAUCCCGUCAUACUGCCGUGUAGUCACAGCUUCUGUCGCGCGUGUGUGCAACAGCGUUGGGAGGAGAAAGGAGAUCGAUCGUGUCCAGUCUGCGAGACAAAGUGUAAAACGCUGGAUCCACCUACAAAUUUGGCACUGAGGAAUUUGGGUGAGGCCCUUUCACAAGCCUCAGUGGAGUCAGAGGCUAUCUGCAGCUUGCAUGAGGAGAAACUGAAACUCUUCUGUUUGGACCACCAGGAGCUUGUGUGCCUCAUUUGCAGAGAUGCAAACCCACACUGUGGCCACAAGUUCCAACCCCUCAGUGAAGCUGCGCGAGACCACAGAGAGAAAUUCCAGAAAGCCCUGCAGGACAUGAAGAGAAAAAUGAAAGAUUAUUACGAGAUUAGAGACAAUUGCUACGAACAAGCAGAGUACAUCAAGGUCCAGAGGGACCAGGUUGAACAAAAGAUUAAAAAGGAUUUUGAGGAGCUUCGUCGCUUCCUGCAGCUUGAGGAGAAGGCCAAGUUGUCUGCUGUGAAUAAGGAAGAACAGAUGAAGAGUCAGAUGAUGAAGGAGAAGAUUGAGGCUCUCGACAGUAACAUUGGCGCUAUCUCAGAUGUGAUCCGAACCACAGAGGAACAGCUGAUGUCUGACCAGGUUUCCUUCGUGAAGAAAUACCAGGUUGCGAUGACCAGAAUCCAAGAACUGCCCGACAAGCCCAGGCUGCUCCCAGGAGCUCUGCUGGAUGAAGCCAAACACGUGGGCAACCUCAAGUUCACCGUGUGGGAACGAGUGAAGGAGAUGGUCUCCUACAGUCCCGUGAUUCUGGACCCAAAUACGGCCGUUCCAGAACUCAACCUGUCUGAAGAUCUGACCAGUGUGAGUUUUAGAAUAGGAGCGCAGCGUCCAAAGAAUCCAGAGAGGUCAAGCUUGGAAAAUGUGCUCGGUUCUGCUUUGGACUCGGGAACACACAUGUGGGAUGUUGAGGUGGGAGACAACUCAGAGUGGGAACUGGGGGUGGCGUGGGGGAACCUUUACUGCCCAGAUUCCUGGUUGAUAUGGUCAGAACAGUAG